AUGCGCCGUCUCCCUGCCUGGUUCGUCCGCAGCGGCACCUCCACCGGCCUGCUCUUCAAUCGCGCCUCUCUCCCUCCCAUCCACAGCCAAUGGCAGCCCAUCCUCGCUCCCGCAAUGGGCUCCCCUGACCCUGUCUACGGCCGUCAGCUAAAUGGCAUGGGCUCCGGCAUCUCCUCCACAUCUAAAGUCGUCGUCAUCGGACCUCCUCCGUCUGGCUCCGAUUCAACCUCCGGCCAUGGCUCCGGCAAUAGCUCCGGGGCGGGGCCGAACGUUGACGCCGAGUUCACGUUUGUCCAGGUCGGAAUCCGGGACGGCUCUCUGGAUCUCGCCGGCACAUGCGGCAACAUGUCAGCCAUUGUCGGCCCGGCCGCCUGGGACAUGGGCAUCGUGCCACCAUCUCGCAUCCCUUCUCUCGUAACCUACGACGAAGCCACUCACUCCCGCUGGGCAACUCUACGCAUUCUCAACACAAACACGUCCAAGAUCUUCGUUUCGCACUUUAAGCUUGGAGGGGACCCUCUUGUGUACAAUCCACAAGGGAAUUAUGCCAUGGAUGGUGUUCCCGGGACGCAAUCCCCCAUAACGCUCAGCUUCUUGGAUCCCGCGGGCGCAAAGACAGGAAAGGCUUUACCCACUGGAAACCCCAUCGAUGAGCUAACGCUUGCAGACGGAAGCACCGUCAAGGUGUCGCUGGUAGACGUCAGUAACCCUGGAGUCUUCAUCACAACUUCAAGCCUAGGCCUCGACGACGCCACGGCCGCAAACCUCACUCCCGCCAUAGUCGAGGUGGAUAUCGCUCUCAAAACACGUCUCGAAGAGAUCCGUCAAGCCGGGGCCUCAGCAAUGGGCCUCGAUCCCAACAUCGAGAGUGUCCCCAAGGUCGUCAUGCUGUUACCUCCAAUCGCCAGAAAGACUUCCCAGAUCGACAUCCAGUGCCUCGCCAUGUCCAUGGGCCAGGCACACAAGGCCGUUCCCUUGACAUUAUCGCUGUGUCUAGGUGCAGCAUCUCAGCUUGAGGGGACGAUUGCUGCAGAGCUCAUAGGCGGCGAAAAGAAGGAUGUCAUCAGGAUUGGGCAUCCGAGCGGCGUGGUGGACGUGGGUACAGCAGUGAGAAAUGGCACUAUUGAAGAGGCGAAGCUGCUGCGGACGGCGCGGGUGUUGAUGAAAGGAGAUGUAUUUUAUUGA